AUGAAAAAAAGCAUUAUGAUUUUCUCAUUUAUUAAAAUUGUUGUACUUAUCUUCUUAACGUGGAUACCGCAUCUAAGUAAUCAUGUGAUUACGUCUAACAAAUACCUAGGCAAAAAGUACACGCUUGCUAUAAAAUUAGACGACAGAAUAUAUCGAUUACUAGCAAAAUAUAAAAAGGAUAAGGAUUCAAAAGUUGUAAUGUUAAGAGAUGAUAUAUCAAAUAAUGGAAUGGACAAAAAAAAGGAUAUAUCUAAUACUGAAAAGGAGUGCACAGAAAAAAAAAAAGAAUUAUAUAGAGGUUCAUUAAAUAAUUAUGAUGGACACAAACAAGAUAUGAACAAUAAAUAUUCUAAAUUUGUGACAAAAAAAUACAGUCAUCUUGAAAAAAAAAUAUUCAAAGAACUGGAUUUUGUAGAUUUUCUUAAAAGGAACAAGAAUAUUAGUGAUAAGACUUACAAAAAAAUAAUGCGUAAAAAAUUCUCAUUACGAUUAGGAUCACCUUUAUUAUUGUUUUUUUUAUUAUUUAGUCUACUCAUAGUAGAUAUAUCUCUGUGUUUAUCUAAUGAAAAUGGAUUUUUGGAAUUAUCAGGAUUGGAGACGACUUCAGUUUCCUGGAAAAAUAUUUUGAAGAAUGGUUUUAGUUGGUUAUUGAUUGGUGCAAAAAAAAGAACAACUAAUGCUGUAUUAGGAAAUUUAUUUAAUAUUGUAUUAUAUGUCAUUCCUUUUUUAAUAUUAGGUGUUACACUUAUAUCGUACGUUUUUUAUUACCAUAAAAAAGCUAAAAAAUAUGAAAAAAUUAAGUUCAGUAAAAAGUGA